CCUGUGCCAUCCAGGACCUUGCCCUUCGUGCCCAGCCUUUGUGACAAAAACAUGUGAAUGUGGACAAACAAGUCAUUCCGUUCGCUGUGGCCAAUCAACAAAAAUUCGUUGUUCUAAUGUGUGUGGAAAUACUUUAAACUGUGGUAAGCACAGCUGUACUCAAGUGUGCCAUGCAGGAAAAUGUUCACCUUGCCAAUUAACAGUACAACAAGUGUGUUACUGUGGAAACGACUUUAAAGAAAUAUUGUGUGGGACAAAGGAAGAAUUAUUUGAUGGUUUUGGAAGUUUCUCAUGUCAGAAGAUAUGUGGCAAAAAAUUAAAUUGUGGGAGGCACAACUGUACGCAAAUAUGCCAUCCCCAGCCUUGCCAGCUCUGCCCACGACUUCCACAAGUAGUGUAUCGCUGUCCCUGCGGUCAGACUCCUCUCAGCAAGUUACUGGAACUAGGAUGUGUUGAACGUAAAAUAUGCACAGAUCCUAUCCCAUCAUGUGGAAAAACAUGUGGCAAACCUCUUUCUUGUGGUAGCUAUGAGUUUAUUCAUACAUGUGAAAGCCUUUGCCAUGAAGGAGACUGUAGACCGUGUUCUCACACAUCAAAUAUUUAUUGUAGGUGUGGCUUCAAAAAAAAGGAGGUCCCAUGUGCUCUUCUCAGAAAUAAAGCUGCUAUUACAUUCAUGUGUGACAAAAGAUGCAACAAGAAAAGAUCAUGUGGACGACACAAGUGUAAUGAAGUUUGCUGUGUGGACACAGAACAUAAAUGUUCUUUGGUUUGUGGUCGUAAACUCAACUGUGGGCUUCAUAGAUGUGAAGAACCCUGCCAUCGGGGCAGUUGUCAAACGUGCUGGCAAACGAGUUUUGAUGAGUUAACUUGUUAUUGUGGUGAAUCUGUGAUUUACCCCCCUGUGCCCUGUGGUACUCAGCCACCAGAGUGUAAAAAAACAUGCACCAGGCCACAUGACUGUGAUCAUCCAGUUUACCACUCAUGUCACAGUGAGGAGAAAUGUCCACCCUGUACCUAUCUCACUCAGAAAUGGUGUAUGGGCAAACAUGAACUGCGAAGUAAUAUUCCUUGUCAUCUCACUGACAUUUCCUGUGGACUACGCUGCAAUCAAAUGUUAAAAUGUGGAAUGCACAAAUGUAAAAGAAUUUGUCAUAAAGGAGAGUGUCUUAUAGAUGAAGAGUGUAAACAACCAUGUGUUAUUCCAAGGCUAUAUUGUAAUCAUCCCUGUAUGGCUCCAUGUCAUCCAUCUUCACCCUGCCCAACAACAUCCUGCUGUGCAAAGGUUGAUCUUCAAUGUGAAUGUGGAAGAAGAAAGGAGAGUAUGAUUUGUUCGGAGGCAUCUAAUACAUAUCAAAGAAUAGCUGCUAUAUCUAUAGCCACGAAGUUAACAGAUCUACAGCUUGGGGAUUCAGUGGAAAUCAGUAGGCUCAUUACGAAAAAAGAAAUGAAGCAGGCCAGGUUGCAAUGUGAUGAAGAAUGCUUAGCUCUUCAGAGGAACAGACGUCUUGCUGAGGCUCUUGAAAUAGAUGAUCGUUCUGAUCCUUUUAAUGUCCGUUCUUCUGGACCAAAGUACAGUGACUUUUUAAAAGAAGAUGCAAGGAAGGAUUUAAAAUUUGUCAGUGAUGUUGAGAAGGAAAUGAGAAUGCUGGUGGAAGCUGUGAAUAAGGUCAGUAUUCAGAUAUUCU